AUGGCCGCAUUUGUGACAGCAUUUAUGAACCCGUUCAACUAUGUUGGCGGAGUAAGCUUCACACCCGAAAAGGACAUCCCAGAUCUGAGUGAGAAGGUUAUCUUGGUCACUGGUGGAAAUGCGGGUCUGGGCAAAGAAUCCAUUCUCCAACUGAUCAAGCACAACCCGAAGAAGAUUUUCCUCGGUGCACGUUCGGAAUCAAAAGCACAGGAAGCCAUCAAGUCGUUGAAAUCUUCCGUUUCAAAUGAUGUUGAAAUCACUUGGGUUCCAUUGGAUUUGAUGUCAGGCAAGUCGAUUAAGAAUGCCGCCGAGCAAGUCAACGCCCAGACCGAUCGACUCGACAUCCUAAUUCUCAACGCCGGCGUGAUGGCCCUGCCUCCAGGCGAGACCGAACUGGGCCAUGAGAUCCAGCUCGGCACAAACCAUACCGGUCACUUCCAUCUCACCAAAUUGCUGCUGCCGACUUUACUCAAGACGGCCGAGCAGCCUGGCUCGGAUGUCCGCGUUGUGACGCUCUCAUCUCUUGGCCAUAACCUUGCUCCCGCAUUAGAAACGAUCCUAGACCAGGAGAAGCUCAAGGCAGUCAACACCAACACUCGGUACGGCGCGUCGAAAGCUGCCAAUAUCCUUUUCGCGGCGGAGCUCAGCAGGCGCUACCCGUCAAUAACCUCGGUGUCUGUUCACCCAGGUAUCAUCAUGACGGAUCUUUAUGGUUCUUUGAAUGAACGUUCUGCUGUCGCUUCUUUGGGUCACAAGUUCAUGGGCUGUGUUGGCACAUCCGUGCCUCAGGGUGCGUGUAACCAGCUGUGGGCCGCUGCUGGCGCAAAGAAAGAGGAGCUAACCAACGGUGCGUACUAUGUACCAGUUGGAAAUCUGAAGGCUCAAAACAGAUAUUCAAACAGUAAGGACAUGGGGAAGCGCUUAUGGGAGUGGACAGAGGCUGAAUUGGAAAAGGCUAAUCUGUGA